AUAAGAAGUGACAGGUCAAAGGAUCACCUCAUUGAUUUCAAAGGACAGCCUCCCUCUGCUGCAAAGAAACUGAGCAGCUGUAACCUCUCAGAGAAAAGCUGUGAAGCUCUGUCCUCAGUCCUCAGCUCCCAGUCCUCUAGUCUGAGACACCUGGACCUGAGUAACAAUGACCUGCAGGAUUCAGGAGUGAAGCUUCUGUCUGCUGGACUGAAGAGUCCACACUGUACCCUGGAGACUCUCAGGCUGUCAGGAUGUCUGAUCACAGAGGAAGGCUGUGCUUCUCUGGCCUCAGCUCUGACCUCCAACCCCUCCCAUCUGAGAAAGCUGGACCUGAGCUACAAUCAUCCAGGAGACUCAGGAGUGAAGCUGCUGUCUGCUGGACUGAAGGAUCCGCACUGGAGAAUUGACACAAACACAGUAAACACAAAGAUCAAACUGUCUGACAACAACAGGAAGGUGACACAUGUGGAGGAGGAUCAGCCAUAUCCUGAUCAUCCAGACACAUUUGACCAGUGUCCUCAGCUGCUGUGUAGCAAUGAUCUGACUGGUCGCUGUUACUGGGAGGUCGGGUGGAGAGGAGGAGUUUAUAUAUCAGUGAGUUACAGAGGAAUCAGAAGGAAACGAGACAGAAAAAACCAUGUGUUUGGAUGGAACGAUCAGUCCUGGAGCCAGUACCGCUCUGAUGGUGAUUACUCUGUUUGGCACAAUAACAGAGUGACACCUGUCUCCUCCUCCUCCUCCUCCUCCUCUUCAUCAUCUUCCUCUGUCUCUGACAGAGUAGCAGUGUAUGUGGACUGUCCUGCUGGCUCUCUGUCCUUCUACAGAGUCUCCUCUGACUCACUGAUCCACCUCUACACCUUCAACACCACAUUCACUGAA